CACUAUAUGGCGACUGCCAUUGAUGCAGAAAGCGAUGGAGUUUCCGAAGAAAUCGAGUUAUUGCAGGCAAUCUAUGUACAUGAAAUUGAAUUAUCUGGCUUAGAUGAAAGGCCAAUAGUGGUCAACUUGUUUCUUCAUCCAAGCACAGGCGAUGAUGACCACAACUCAAAAUAUGUCUGCCUUAAUCUCUGUCUGUCAAUUUGUGGUGAAUAUCCAUUCCAAUCUCCGGGUAUCUCGAUUAAAAACCCGCGAGGAAUAUCCGAUGCCCAUCUCAGCAGCAUUCAUGAAAACCUAAUUGCUUUGGCGAAAGAGAAAAUUGGAUCCCCAAUGCUGUAUGACUUAAUUGAGUACACAAAAGAAUGUUUGUCUGACAACAAUGUACCCAGUUGUCCUUGUGUUAUUUGUCUGGAACAUUUUGGGAAAGAAGAAAAUUUUGUGAAAACGGAAUGUUAUCAUUAUUUUCAUUCUGUGUGUCUUGCAAAUUAUGUCAAGCAUUUUUUGAGCAAGAAUCACGAUAAAAAGAUUGUGUGUCCAAUGUGUAGACUUGAUAUUGUAUAUGACAGGAGUGAAAAUGGAAAUAAAGACAACAGCAGUUGUAUGGAAGAUGUGUUUGUUUAUAAGCCAGAUGAGAAACAGUUGAAAGCACAGGCAGAACGACAAAAGAUAUUCGAAUAUCAAAAACAGAAGGGGGGCAUUAUUAAUAUUGAAGAAGAGAGAAAUAAAUAUCUUAUUGGAAUAAAAAAUGAAAAGGUCAAGGAAAGUGAUAACAGUGACUUUCAGUCUGACGGAAUACCAGCUCCAGUUACACCAGGAAUGUUGGGUAAAACUAAAAUAUUACCAUGUGGUGUUUCUAGUCAAUCUAUGGAUCAAACCUGUAAGGAAAAAAUAACUGAUGAAGGCAAGAGAAAUAAGAAGAAUACAAGACCUUCCAAAGAGAAUGAUUAUAGUCAGAGCUCUGACCUAGCCUCUGGUAGGGGAAAGAGUGAGAAGAGGAGGGAUAGAAAUGGUCAGAGAAGGAUGCAAGUAGGUGAUUCUGGGAAUAAUGGUAGUAAUCUGGCUCGUGAAACUAAAGAACCUGGUGUCGAGAGAUCGGGUUUUCACAAAGACAGUAGAAGAAAUGAUGUCAAGAUAAGACAGAAUAAGGAAAGUCAGAAAGAAGAACUACGGCGAAGGACAGGUUGUGAGACGAACAGGGGUUUGGAUAGACCUGAGACUCAAAGUAAAUCCAAGAACUUUCAUUCAGAAAGCGAUAUGAGGGAUAGAAAUCUUGAGAGCACAAGAGAAGGUGGAGACCAGCAUGAGGAGCUCAAAAAACAGCCUGCAAAAGAUGAGAUGCCUUUGAAUUGGAGAAGGAAAGAUGGCGAGAGCCAGGAGAGAGAGCAAGGAGCAUCGAAAGAACAAACAAGUGAUGUUUGCCCCGAGGAGCGAGGAUUGAAGAAGAAAGAUGAGAACGACGUGAAGUCAAAUAAGACUACGUCAAAGCCAAAAACUAGAAAUUUGAAGGUGACCAGGAAACACACAGAAAAUGAAGGCAGUGAGGCGAAAAAUAUCGACAAUAAUUCCACUUCGAGGGAAACAGUGAUCAAGCAGACUGAUAAGAAACAAAAAUACCGAAGAACACCAACUCCAAGGAAGUCACAUGAAGGUGAUAAAGAUCCUCCUGUGCAGAGAAGAAAUCAAACGUCAUUCAGCUCAGUCGCUUCGGGAAUAAGGAACCCACGAGAAGAUGCUACGAAAAUCGAGCGCAUUUCCAAUAGUAAUGAUUCUCUUUCAUUUGCACAAAAGAAAAAAGCUCCAAAGAACAGCGACGCAAGUAUUUCAAGAGUUGAGAAGACCUCUUCAAAUGAUGGUGGCCAUGUUGGUAAUACCAUGGAUGGUGAAAAUAGACCAGGGCGUGAUCAUCAAACACUUCCAGGGUUCGAAAAUAAGAAGUCAGAUAAAAUUGUUGGUAAACAUUUGAAAGCUGAACAUCUCAGUGGUGUAACAGGUCACGGUAGGAAACCUCCCAGACCUCCUCCUGGAUUUGAAAAUGUAAAACCUAACAGCAAGAGUCUGUAACGAGUUAAUGCAUUAUUAAAAAAGUUCAAGUAAAGAAGUUUUAUAUUCAGUGAAUUUUUGGCAAAAAUAUUGCCUGCCUCAUACUAAACGUAUUAUCUAAAAAUUAAUUCGUUUUUCUCACACGCCAGUGAAAAAUCUAAGCAACGGAAUCUUUAACUGUAGGUUAAUUCUCAAUGCUUUUUCCACUUUUAACAGUAGAAGAAAUCUCAUUGUUAUUAAUAUUGCUAGUUGCUUUCAAUCCAGGAAAUAACAAAAAAAUGGAAAUGGUGGAGUGAGGCAAUCUAGUUAGGUUGAUAAUUCGAUAAUUAUGAAUUCUAGUUUUGACAUUGUGAAACUAAAUAUUAACCAUUUAUAUGACGAUAUAU